AUGCCACGUCAAGAGUCAUCUCCGCCUUCAUUAACACAUCCUUACAAAUCUCGACCAACAAUUUCUCUUUCACAACGACUUACUGCCAGAUCUUCCGGUUCACCCUCUCGUUCAUUCCACAUGCCAAAUUCCCCACUCAGCGUUGUAUUUAAUAUUCCGGAAAACGAUAUCGAUGAAAAUAUAGAAUCUACCUUUUCACAAACGUCACGAAUAAACGAAAAUGACGAUAAUAGAAUCCAUCAUCAUGAAAAACCUACAUCAAAUUUCCGGAAGCGACACGCCCAACGUCAUUCCGUAGGUCCAAUUGAACUUAAAGACUCGCCUUGUGCAUUCGAAUGCUGCGGAAAAACUUUGGUCGAAAAAUUGAAUCAAUUUUCUCAAGGAAAUAUUUAUACUAUUGCCAAAUGUGCGAAACAUCAUGAUGAAGGGUCGGAAAAAAAUAUAACAAAGUGGGGAUUUUUAAAAAAAUUUUCUAGAAUAUUUAAAAAGUUGAAAAGAGGCAAGAAAGAAAAGGUGAUUUGUGGAACCGGCAAGUAUUCGGAAACCAUAACGGUCAAGAGAAUAAAGGAUGGAAAAAAGGAAAAAUUACCGCCAACGGAAUAUUUCACAAACGCUCACGAGAACAGCUGCGUGUGUAGAUCAUGUCGUGAACUUUUGCAAACUGAAUCAAUACAACUUAAAUGGCACACACGAUCCACACUUACAUCCACGUCACUGUUGACAGCACACAAAAAACCUAUAAAACCUCGAUCGAAUUCAGUAUCUUCCGACCCAUCUCCUACGUCCCAGCAGAAAAAAGAUAUUUUUAAUAACUUUGCAUACAGAUCGGCAUCAUUACCAAACCCAACUUCUCCCAUGACAGAGAAUGGUACUUUGCCGGAAGUUCGUGAGUUGGCGAAUUCACCUAGAACGUCAUUAUCGUUAAUAAACUAUAACAAUCCUCCAAAUACAUCUAAUCCGCUAACUUCUACAUUGAUAAAUCAAAUGGGUGAUUCAUCAAAUUCACUAUCAAUCUCAACUAUAUCAUCACCUUCAUCACAUGAGGUGCCAUUGGAACUUAAGCUUUUAUCAGUGCAUAGUACGGACGGUUUACCAAAAUUUGUAAAAUAUUUUAGUGAUGAAAAGUAUUAUUAUUAUAUUACAAAAAUGCAUGGCGUUAAACAACGCAAAUGGAAAAAACCAAGAAGUUGGCAUUUAAAAAAGUAUUGUGACGUUCAUUGGGACGAAUAUGUUUGUUGCUGA